AUGUUGCAGGAGAAUGGAGAGGCUAAAACAGAGGAGAUUGUUGAGACGAUCAAGUUUGUCUUUGAGGAUUUCCAGUUGGAUCCACAAGUGAUUCGAAAGAUACUUGGAGACUACUAUCCCCACGAGUAUGAAAGUGUGCGAGCACUAUGCGAUAGAUACAACAGAGUCGUGAAAACACUACUCCAACUGGAGGCAGUAUCAGCCAAGCGAGAACGAUUGAAUCAGCCCCCAUCCCAGGCUCUUCUGGAACACAUCCUCGAUCUAGUCUACUCGGAAAGUGUCACGGAGCCUGAGUCUCUCAAUAAACACUACAAGGUCUUCUCCGAUGAGCGCCUAUUUUUAAAUUCUGAUUAUUGGGACGUAUUUGCCUUGAUUGCUCUUUUGGAAAAGGUGUAUGGAGAGACAUUGUACGACACAGUGGAGCAGAUACUGCAAAUAGUGAACCUGACCCCGGAUGAAAUCUUCAUUGAUCUUGGCUCGGGUAUCGGUAACGUUGUGAUACAUGUGGCCGGUGCAACCCAGGCGAAGAUCUCUUACGGCAUAGAGAUUGCCGAACGGCCAAGCCGUUAUGCCGAAAGAAUGGCUGCAUCAUUCCGCAAAUGGAUGGCGUGGUAUGGGAAGACGCACGGAGAAUUCAAGCUCUUCCAAGGAGACUUUCUAGACCACCGAUUCCAUGAUCUCAUCCUCUCUGCAGACGUGAUCCUGGCGAAUAAUCAUGCCUUCUCAUCCCGCCUGAAUCACCAAUUGAAGCAACUCUUUUUCCUCCUCAGAGAUGGCACUAGAAUUGUCUCAACGCAGCCUCUCUGCUCGCUCAACUUCCAAAUGAACGAGCGCAAGAUGAACGAUAUUGGUGCCAUCUUGGAGAUCACAGAAAUGGCUUUCAAGAGCGAUAAUGUGUCAUGGACGGCUAAGCCAGUCUCAUACUUCAUGCAUAUAGUGGACCGUAGCAGGCUGGAGAGCUUUCGCAGCGAAUUGGCGUCCAGGACUCAUCUCCUUCCUUCUCGCCCGUUAAGAAGAAGCAGAUCUUCAACGCUGGAGUUAGAGCCUUUCGAAGACAAGCUUUCUUAUGCAGUACCUCCUGCUCAUGAAGAAGAGAGACGUCUGGAACCAAGUUUUGCGGGUGGCAAACGCGAAAAGACGAAACCAUGUGAUCCCCCAGAAGCACCAAGGGGACCCAGCGUCCAGGCCUCGUUUACUCCCUUGAAAGAACCUGAUGAUGUCCAAUCGGACAAAUCUGUUCUAACUUCUCCUUGCCCUCUUCAAAACAUCGACAUUGAAAAGAAAGAAUCGUCCGUUGUUUCUACUGAUGAAGAUUAUGUCUCCCUAGAAGAUCUGGAUAUAAAGGAUGACAAGGAGGACAGCGAAUCUUCCAUGGAGGAAGAUGAGGAGGAAACUGGUAAAGAGAAGCUGGUGUUCCUGUGCUCCUUAUUGGAAGAACAGGAGCUACAAAUCGUGACAAAUUUCGCCAAUCUCAUCAGAGCAGAGAUCCUGAAUCGCUUUGACCCACGAGUGACCCAUGUGAUAGUGCAUGAGGACCCAGAGAGUGGUUUGGCCCAGAUAACCCUUAACUUCCUCAAGGGUGUUGCCCAUCGCAAAUGGAUCGUUGGAUUCUCGUGGGUUCGAGAGUCCUGGAAUGCGAAGACAGUCUUGGAUGAGAAGAAAUUUGAAGCCACUCAUGCCGAGGGGGAAAUUGGUCCGUGGAGAGCUCGAACGGGAUGUUCUGGUCCAUUCAGAGGAAUACAAGUGACCUUACACCCGCCUCUGGAGAACAUUUCAUUGGAGGCAAUGGAGGAAUUGAUCACCCAAUGUGGAGGCUCGGUAGUGCCGAUAGCAAAGUGUCUGGACCCGGUUAUCAUCAGCAGCGACAAAGCUGUCGUUGCAAACUUUAAAGGAUUGUCCGAGCAGCAUCCAACUGCGGUGAUCGUGGAUCAACAGUGGGCCCUGGAAGCAAUCGCCUCUUACCGCUGCCUCGGAAUCGAAGACUAUGUCUUGUACUUGCCAGCGUUGGCAAUAGCAAUACUGUCUGCUUUGGUCGGUCCAUUAUCGACUGGGCGUUAUGACGUCAUGUUACAGGCAGUGCUCGGCUUCGUGUUCCUGAUCUUGGUCCUGGUGAACGGAGACGAUGGGAUUCCUCUCAUUUCAUCAAAAGCCCAUAGAAUGAGGGAGCGACUACAUCUUCACAACCCCAUCCUUCACUUAGAACCGGGCUGGAGAGAAUUCGGAACCCGCAUCGUAGGAUUUCCCAGGAACAGGGAAAGGUUUGGGUUCGGACACGGGGGAGAGUUUGGGUCUCGUUCCAAGACUCGUUUUGUAUUCGGACGAGCGGAUUCUGGCGAAGACGACAGUCACGAGAAUGGUUUCGGGAUCGGGGCGUUUCAGACGAGUUUUGUCCCCGUUCGACAGAACAUUGUGGAGGCUCCAGUUCGUACGUCUUAUCGUCCCCCGUCCUUUCAUCACGAUUCUUACGUAUCGGAGCCGAAGUACAGCUUCGGCUACCUGGUUAGAGACGAAUACGAGGGAGCAUACUACGGACAUCGGGAGUCGCGAGACGGAGACCGAACGGAAGGCUCCUACAGCGUGGUCCUCCCCGACGGACGGCUGCAGAAGGUCACCUACACCGUGAACGGGGACGAGGGAUUCGUCGCCGUCGUCGAAUACGAGGGAGAGCCUCAUCACGAGGAACCUCAUCCUCUUCCUCCUCGUCCUCAACCUCAAUAUGGACCACCAAUCACGCGUCCCGUCGUCGUCACCCGCCCUGUCAUCACCCGUCCCGUCAUCACCCAUCCUGUUAUCACCCGUCCUGUCGUUUUGCGAGAGCCUGCGAGAUCCUUCACUCCCUUCGUGGACUCCUCGGAGGAGGAGGAGGACAAGUCCGAGUGA